AUGGGACACGGUAAUUCGGACAAACUUUACAUCACCCACGCGGAGCACGCAGGUCUCUUUGGAUCUCACUCGUCGUCGAGAGGAUUCAAGUCAAAAGUGCAAGGUGGCCCCGUCUCGAUAACCCCCUUUGACUGCUGUGCUCUCUCUUUCCAACCUUUUACGCAUCCUGUUUGCGCGAGAAAUUCAGACGGAACGGGAUUUGUCUUUGACCUGGUCAACAUUAUACCCUGGCUCAAACAACACAACAACACAAAUCCAAUAACCAAACAGCCUCUCACCCCCUCCGACCUGAUUACCCUGAAUUAUUCUCGAAAAGAGGCCACAGGCGAAAUACAUGACCCAAUCUCAUUCAAGCCCUUCAACGAACACUCACAUAUCGUCGCGAUCGCAACAACCGGAAAUGUGUUUUUAGCAGAAAGCAUUCAAGGUGGGAAGGAUUUGGUAAACGAUGUGGCGUUCAAAAAAGAAGAUGUUAUCACUUUGCAAAAUCUGCAUGGACUUCCCCCAGCCUCAGUUCCCUCUGUAACCACUUCUAAGCUUCCUCAAAGCGUGAACAAGUCAGAAAUUGCAAAGCCGUCGUCAUCAGCUGUGUCAGCUGUCAAAGCCAAGGCCAGCGUUCCAUGGAAUGUCUCUCCCUACUCGAGUGGCAUGCCAGGUGCUUCCUUGACAUCGACUUCUGUCGAUCCACAACUCAACAGCUCUCAAUUGCUGUGGGAUGAAGAAGAGCUCAUGUUUGAGGAUAUUUCCAAACCACUGAAGGGAAAAGGAAAAGAAAAAGAUGUUGGCAAACGUCGAGCGUAUGUUCGAGUUGUCACAAGCCUCGGUGGUGCGAGUUUGAACCUAGAGCUCUUCUGCGAAAAGGCUCCCAAAACGUGCUACAACUUUCUAAUGUUGGCAAGGGCCGGAAAAUACAAUAAUUGCUUAUUCCAUCGACUUGUCCCUGGCUUCAUGAUUCAAACUGGGGAUCCGACGGGGACUGGAUCAGGCGGCGAAUCAUAUUGGGGUACUCCCUUUCGAGAUGAGUAUGAUGUGAAAGGAGCCACGUUGCAUGAUGGCCGAGGAGUUCUUGCGAUGGCCAACAAGGGCGCAAAUACAAAUAGCUCCCAGUUUUAUUUCACAUUCAAAGCCACUCCACAUUUGGACAAGAAGCACACUGUGUUUGGUAAACUCGUUGGGGGUGAAGACGUUCUCGACGCACUUGAGAAGCUUCCGGUCAAACCUGGUUCAGACAGACCGGCGAAGACUGUCCGAAUAAGUGAAGUGGUGAUUUACCAGGACCCCUUCGAAGAGUACAAAAAAAGAUUGGCAAAUAAGCUGGCCAAACGAGCUGAGGCUGAGAAGGCUACCGAUGGCCAGGCUGGUACAAAAGAAAAACCAAAAGAUGACAUCAAUUGGUUUGGUGUGAAAGUUGGGUCAGUAAAUCCGACACCCAGUUCGGAGAAAACUGGGGGUGCCAGUGUAGGGAAGUAUCUGUUAAAGCGUUCCCAAGAUGCGACGGAAGGUUCUGUCACGGGCGAGCCCAAAAAGAAGCGCAAGGUUGGCUUUGGAGACUUUGCAGGUUGGUAG